AUUGGACCGGGAUCUGCAAUCAUACAAGAGAGAGAAUAAUAAAGCAUUUGAUUGCUGGAUGAAAUUGCAAAGUUCCUAGUACCAAGAAAGGCACACAUCAAAAUCCAAAUCUACGACCAUCUGUAUUCUGUAAUCAAAUUCAAUUGAAAAUCCUAUAUUCAUUCAAGACCCUGAAUUCAAAAUCCAAUUCAGUUGAAAGAUUUUCUUAUUUCCAAACUCAAGGAGUGCAAAAAUAUAAAUGGAUUUGGGAGAAUUGUGGGCCAUAUUCGGACCCGGAUUUUCCGGCGUAGUCUUUGGCGCCGGCUGGUGGUUCUGGGUCGACGCUGUAGUAUGCAGUUCCGUUAAAGUCCCCUUCCUCCACUAUCUUCCAGGCAUUUUUGCCUCUUUGGCUGCUUUGAUGUUCAAUACUGAUAAUAAAGAAGACCUUGACGACUCACCCUACGGCUAUGGAGAAAACGAGUGGAGGGUCAAACUUUGGCUUUUCAUUGCAUAUGUUGUAUCCUUCGUCUCCCUGGCCGCUUCCGUGGGCCUAUUGAUACAAGAUGCUCUGGUGAAAUCUGGACCUUCAGCAUGGACAGGAACUGCAGGUGUUUUUCAAUGUGUGUUUGUAUUAAUCAGUGGGCUGAUGUACUGGACUUCUCAUUCUGAAUAACCAAGUACCCUCAAACGUGGACUGUCUGCAAAUUGAGAUUGUUUGCCGGUUGUACAUGCCUGUGUUUCUGUAUCUGUUAUGUUAGUUAGAUACAAAGGUCGGUCUGUUUUAAUAAAAAACUUUCCGAUUCUCUUGUACAAAACAUUCAGAAUGUGCUCCAAAAUGUCAGGGUCUCCCCCUUGGAUCACAUUUAGGUGGUGUAUUCAAUUUAGAUUUUAAAGAUUUUUUUAUAUACUCUAGUGAUUGACUUUUGUAAAGUUAGUGUGAUUUUUAUUUAUAGAUUUGUCGUAAAUUUGAUUUGACUUUUA